UAACACUGCAAUCUUUUUGCCUUGUAUAUAAUUUGUGCAGGGUUCAUGUACAUAUCACUUAUUGAAAUCACAAGAAGACAAACAUUUGAAAAAGGAACAACCAGUUUAUCUUCUCUUGACUGUACUUUAACCAUUCACGAUGAAGGAGAUGUGCACUGGGCCCUUCACAAGGGCAUUCGCUGGAGAACUCAUUGGUACUUUCAUAUUUGUCUUUUUCGGCCUGGGUUCUGCGCUGAAUUGGCAAUCAGCACUUCCAACAGUCCUGCAGAUUUCCUUCACUUUUGGACUGGGCAUAGGAACCCUUGUUCAAACCUUGGGACAUGUUAGUGGUGCCCAUCUUAAUCCAGCUGUGACUGUGGCUUUCCUGAUAUCAUCCCAAAUCUCCCUCUUCCGUGCUGUUUGCUAUGUUUGUGCCCAGCUGUUGGGAGCGGUUAUUGGUGCUGCUUUACUGUAUGAGUUAACUCCUGAAGACGUUCGUGGUAGCUUUGGAGUCAACAUGCCUAGUAAUAAUGCAACAGAAGGACAGGCUGUGACUGUGGAAAUCAUCCUCACCCUCCAACUAGUGCUCUGCAUUUAUGCCUCUACUGAUGACAGGAGGGAUGACAAUGUAGGGUUUCCAUCACUUUCUAUUGGCCUCUCUGUUGUUCUGGGUCACUUAGUUGGGAUUUAUUUCACCGGCUGUUCAAUGAAUCCAGCGCGCUCAUUUGGACCAGCUUUGGUAGCUGGAAAUUUUAACACACACUGGAUCUUCUGGAUUGGACCUUUGGUAGGGGCCAUCCUAGCCUCCUUGAUCUAUAAUUAUGUACUGUGCCCCCAGGAGCAAAGCUUCUCUGAGAAGUUAUCUGUGUUCCUAGGAAGAAUGCCAACUUUACAAGAAGAGGAAGAAGAGUGGGAGGAAAGACAAGAACAGCCCAGGAGAAAAUCAAUGGAACUUCAGUCAUUGUAACAUCCACUGCAUUUAAUUGAUGGAAAUGAACUGUGAUGUUUUUCUAACUUAUCUUAUCUUGUCAUAUCUUAUGGGAAACUAUGAGUAAAAUACACGAUAGGUUAGAAAAUAUUGAAAAAUGAAGGACAUGUAUUAUUCCACAUAAUAUACAGACUUGUACCAAAUAUUAGCACAUUGUAUAAAGUUAUUGAAUAUGGUAUGUGUAAAAGUAGGUCCCCUUGCUCAUUGACACAGUGCUUGCGGUUAGAAAAAGGUAAUACAUAAGAGACAGUGAUAUUAGGUGUUUAUUGCCCAGGAUUUUAGUGAUAUCCUAGUGAUAGUUUUAUCCUUAGAUGCCAUGACCAAUACUUUGAUUCAUAGUGAAAAAGGUUAUGUUCACCUUUACUAUCAAUUUUUUGCUCCAAUACGUCUAAAAUGACCAAGCAGGCACCUCUGUGUAAAUAUGUGCCUAUACAGUAGCUACUAUGCA